AGAAAGUAGUUAAAGGCAAAUUCCAUUCUGACAAAAUGCAUCUCACAACAACGACAAACACAACUGCAAACAACGGCAACAGCACAAACAACAAUUCCAGUUCGAACAGCAACAACAGCAAUAACAAUGCCACAAAUGGCACCAACACUUCGAAUGAACAGAACACUCCGCCCACAGCCGCCCAACUGCUGAAUGAGGCGUACACCAAGAUGACGUCAGACAUCUUAGCCGAACGCACCUUGGGCGAUUUUCUUACCGAACACCCAGGCGAGUUAAUACGCACAAGCAGUCCACUGUUUGUGUGCACUGUGCUACCGCCUCAUUGGCGUUCGAACAAGACAUUGCCGGUUGCAUUUAAGGUCGUCUCUCUCGGUGAUAUUAUGGAUGGUACAAUGGUCACAGUACGUGCGGGUAAUGACGAGAAUUAUUGUGCGGAAUUGCGAAACUGCACAGCGGUUAUGAAAAAUCAAGUGGCCAAGUUUAAUGAUCUACGAUUUGUCGGACGUAGCGGUAGAGGUGAAGCUUUCAUUAUGUCAAUUGUCGUCAACACGAAUCCAUUCACAGCAUUUAAUUAUAAACGUCCGCCAUGGUCAUGUCGCAUCAAUCCUGUUCAGGAUUUUUCAUUUAUUGCCGAAAACAAGGCAAAUAAAAUGGAACCAAACAACACGAAUACCAAACUCAAUGAAAUUGAAUCAAACUAA